CCAUCUCUCUCACUCGCUACCAUCAGCUUCUGCAGGGUUUAGACACAGGCAUAGACACCUAAAGCUGGGUUGACUAGUAAUGGGCAUUAUAAGCCGCAAUUAUGCGCAUCUCACAUGGCUAGAGCUGGAAGCAUGAGGCUUUACAGGUGAAAUCUGAGACAUGCGCCAUGCCGGGUCGACAGUCAACCAGGCUAAAAGCGGGUCAAAGUUCUCAGGUUCAGACCCGAAUGGUCGCAGUGAAUAGCAAAGAAAGAUCUGAGAUAACACCGCGGUCUAGAUCGUACGAGAACAAUAUCACAAGGGAAGACGGCUAUAGCAGCUGAAGAUGAGAAGCGGCUUUUGAACAGGACCCCCACGUCAAUUGCCGAUGGUAAAUGUCAAUUGCCAGGAAGUUCGUCAGGAGCUUGAUCAUAGCGGCGUUUUUACGGUUUUCAGGGCGUCUUCAGCGCAGUCGCACUAAUUCCGCUCAAGUGACGGGGCAUGACAUGGCAGUCAUUCAACGUCGCCUCUGUCUGUCGGAACCAUUGUCAAUGCUGCAAUACAAGAUCCAAUUCUCAAUAAUUCCGCGAUCUAUACCCAAUUGCCGAACCAGAUCAGAUGCAAACAACCCAGAUCUUCCCCCACACAAAACCUCCUUGCCAUGCACAUUCACUCAGGUUGACAGUCAACCACACCGCGGUACACUUCCGGCCACAUUCCCCAUAUCUUCUCCGCAUCUUCAACCCCCACGUGCCAAUAAUGACGUUGAUCCUCAGAGCCAAAACCGCCAUCCGCUAAGCUGAUCUUGGCCUCGGCAAUACGAACCGCCAAUAAUUGCACGAACAAGCAAGGUUUCGACCAUGACUCGCCAUUCCAUGGAAAACAACGGCCUUGGAGAGUAACGAUCGACCAUGUGAAAUUUCACCGCUCGUCACUGAGGAUCUAACCCCGCUGCCUGUCCACAAAUCCCCAGAUUCUCGCUCUUCCCCAGACUCGCGUGGGGGGAGCCAAGUCCAAGACCAGCCUUUAAACUUUAUGUCAUACACUAACGGUCUUCCUGUCGACCGGUGAAUAGCUAAAGGAUAAGAAGGCCAUUGUUUCUUCUCAAUUUGAGAUCUGCGUUCCCUCAUCCAUACAUCACUCCCUCAUUACAAUUAGCGGAGUUCAACACAAUGUCUACUUUCAAGGGUGACGAUGCUCCCUCUCAACAACACGCCGAAGACGUUGAGUCUCAGAUCGCCAAACCGGAUCUUCAUCCUCAAAAUGGCGACGCUGUCGCUCAGAUGAUUGGUGCUCAGCACAUUGAAGUUACCGAAGAAGACAACAAACGUCUCCGCCGAAAAACCGACAAACAUGUCCUCUCCAUCCUCGUCUGGGUCUACUUCCUCCAAAUCCUCGAUAAGUCCGUCCUCGGCUACGGCGCAGUAUGGGGCAUGCGCGAAGACACAAACCUCAGCGGGAACGAAUACUCCAUGGUCUCCUCCAUGGCGCCCAUCGCACAACUCGUCUGGCUCCCUUUCUCUUCAUGGCUGAUGGUCAAGAUUCCUCAUCGAAUUUUUAUGGCUAGUCUUGUGUUUGGUUGGGGUGCUGCGCAGACGUGCAUGGCGGCUUGUACUACCUACCAGGGCCUUCUUGCGACGCGUUUCUUGCUGGGCUUGUUUGAGGCUGCGUGCUUGCCGCUGUUUUCGGUCAUUACGUCGCAGUGGUAUAGACGUGCUGAGCAGCCGAUGCGGGUUGCUUGUUGGUAUGGAACUAAUGGUCUUGCGAAUAUGUUUGCUGCUGCGCUAUCCUUUGGCUUGGGCCAGAUUAACGGCUCGCUUGCAUCGUGGCGCAUCCUCUUCCUCUUUGCGGGUCUCAUCACCGUUAUCACAGCACCAGUUGUUUACUGGGCUCUCGACAACGACAUUCCAUCUGCGCGCUUCUUAACCGAGCACGAGAAGCUUCAGACUAUCGAACGACUUCGCGCCAAUCAGACUGGUACUGGAAGUCGCAACUUCAUCUGGAAGCAAGCUUUCGAGGCCCUCAUUGAACCUAAGACAUGGCUCUUCAUCAGCAUGGCUUUGUGUCUCAAUGUCACUGCCGCUGUCACCAACACUUUUGGUCCUAUCAUUGUUGGCGGCUUCGGCUUCGACAAGGGCGUUACAUCGCUUCUCAACAUUCCCUUCGGCGCUGUACAACUCCUCGUCAUCUUCCCCGCUUCAUACCUCGCACAUCGAUACCGCGUCAAGUCCGUCUUCCUCAUCGCCGUCAUGCUUCCCGUCCUCGCAGGAGCAGUCAUGCUUCACCAACUCAACCGCGAUCACGUUGCUCCUCUCCUAGCAGCAUACUACAUGCUCGCUUUCCUCUUCGGCGGCAAUCCCCUUAUCGUAUCGUGGAUGAUCUCCAACAUUGCUGGUACCACCAAGAAGUCGGUCAUCAUGUCGCUGUACAACAUUGGUGUUUCAGCAGGUAACAUCAUCGGACCUUUGCUCUUCAGCUCCAAGGAUGCGCCGUACUACAAGCCUGGUCUUACGAAGACCAUGGGUAUUACUGGUGCUUUGAUUGGUGUUAUUCUUUUGCAGUUGGCCAAUCUCAUGUUCUUGAAUAAGAUGCAGGAGAGGAAGAGAGUCAAGAAUGGUAAGCCUGCUAAGAUUAGGGAUUUGAGUAUGGAGCAUCACUAUGUGGCGAAUGCUCAGGAUAACGAUGAGGAUGGUUUGGGACAGAAUGCCUUCAUGGAUCUCACUGAUUCCAAGAACGACGAGUUUGUCUAUGUCUACUGAGUGUUGUCGCAAGAUAUUUAAUCAGAUAGGAGUCAUUAAGAUAGCGCUUUGGUUCUUAAUUUAUUUGUUGAUCAAUUCAUUUUUCACUCUAUGAACCCAAA